GAAAGAUGGCCCCGAAUGCUGUGCAUGGAUGCUUUGCUGAGCCUGGGUGCUGCUAUCGACAUCACCGGCCUGCGUCAGGCUGCCAAGGAAGCCCUCUCUGCUGUGCUCCCCAGAGUGGAGACUGUCUACACCUACCUGCUGAAUGGGGAGUCUAGGCUGAUGAGUGAGGACCCCCCUCAUGAGCUGCCACAGGAAGGAAAAAUCCGAGAGGCCGUGAUCUCUGGGAAGCGGCUGAGCUGCAAUGGACUGGGUCCCUCGGACCUGCUAGGAAAGCCCCUGACUAGGCUGCUGGCUCCGCUGGCUCCUGGCACUCAAGUGCUGAUCAUACCCCUGGUGGACAAGGAGACUGGAACUGUGGCAGCUGUCAUCUUGGUGCACUGUGGCCAGCUGAGUGACAGUGAGGAGAGGAACCUGCAGGCAGUGGAGAAGCAUACUCUGGUGGCCCUGCGGAGGGUACAGACUUUGCAACAGCGCAGGUCUGAAGCUUUCCAGAACACCUCAGUGGCUGCCUCUGAAGAUCAAAAGGAUGAGAAGGGAUACAGCGACCACGACCGAAAGAUUCUGCAACUGUGUGGGGAACUCUAUGACUUGGAUGCCACGUCUCUGCAGCUCAAAGUCCUUCAAUAUCUGCAGCAGGAGACACAGGCAUCUCACUGCUGCCUCCUGCUGGUGUCAGAGGACAAUCUGCAGCUUUCCUGCAAGGUCAUUGGAGAUAAAGUGCUGGGAGAAGAGAUGAGCUUUCCUUUGACCAUGGGACGCCUAGGCCACGUGGUGGAAGACAAGAAGUGCAUCCAGUUGAAGGACCUAACUUCUGACGAUGUGCAGCAGCUACAAAACAUGUUGGGCUGUGAGCUGCAGGCUAUGCUGUGUGUCCCUGUCAUCAGCCGGGCCACCGACCAGGUGGUGGCUCUGGCUUGCGCCUUCAACAAGCUUGGAGGAGACUUGUUCACAGACCAGGAUGAGCAUGUGAUCCAGCACUGCUUCCACUACACGGGCACGGUGCUCACCAGCACCUUGGCCUUCCAGAAGGAGCAGAAGCUCAAGUGUGAGUGCCAGGCUCUUCUCCAAGUGGCAAAGAACCUCUUCACUCACCUGGAUGACGUCUCUGUCCUGCUCCAGGAGAUCAUCACCGAGGCCAGAAACCUCAGCAACGCGGAGAUCUGCUCGGUGUUCCUGCUGGAUCAGAAUGAGCUGGUGGCCAAGGUGUUCGAUGGCGGCGUGGUGGACGAUGAGAGUUAUGAGAUCCGCAUCCCAGCGGACCAGGGCAUCGCUGGCCACGUGGCGACCACGGGCCAGAUCCUGAACAUCCCAGACGCAUACGCCCAUCCGCUUUUCUAUCGCGGCGUAGACGACAGCACUGGCUUCCGCACGCGCAACAUCCUCUGCUUCCCUAUCAAAAACGAGAACCAGGAGGUCAUUGGUGUGGCUGAACUAGUGAACAAGAUCAAUGGGCCAUGGUUCAGCAAGUUCGACGAGGACCUGGCCACAGCCUUCUCCAUCUACUGCGGCAUCAGCAUUGCUCACUCUCUUCUAUACAAAAAAGUGAACGAGGCCCAGUACCGCAGCCACCUGGCCAAUGAGAUGAUGAUGUACCAUAUGAAGGUCUCUGACGAUGAGUAUACCAAACUUCUCCACGAUGGGAUCCAGCCUGUGGCUGCCAUUGACUCCAACUUUGCCAACUUUACCUACACUCCUCGCUCUCUGCCUGAAGAUGAUACUUCUAUGGCCAUCCUGAGCAUGCUGCAAGAUAUGAACUUCAUCAAUAACUACAAAAUUGACUGCCCAACUCUGGCCCGGUUCUGUUUGAUGGUGAAGAAAGGCUACCGGGAUCCACCCUACCACAACUGGAUGCAUGCCUUCUCUGUCUCUCACUUCUGCUACCUGCUCUACAAGAACCUGGAACUUUCCAGCUACCUCGAGGACAUCGAGAUCUUCGCCUUGUUUAUUUCCUGCAUGUGUCACGACCUGGACCACAGAGGCACAAACAACUCCUUCCAGGUGGCCUCGAAAUCCGUUCUGGCUGCACUCUACAGCUCAGAGGGCUCUGUCAUGGAGAGGCAUCACUUUGCUCAGGCCAUUGCCAUCCUCAACACCCAUGGCUGCAACAUCUUCGACCACUUCUCCCGGAAGGACUACCAGCGCAUGCUGGACCUGAUGAGAGACAUCAUCUUGGCCACAGACCUGGCACACCACCUCCGCAUCUUCAAGGACCUGCAGAAGAUGGCUGAAGUGGGCUACGACCGAACGAACAAACAGCACCACAGGCUUCUCCUCUGCCUCCUCAUGACCUCCUGUGAUCUCUCUGACCAGACGAAGGGCUGGAAGACCACCCGAAAGAUUGCGGAGCUGAUCUACAAAGAGUUCUUCUCCCAGGGAGACUUGGAGAAAGCCAUGGGCAACAGACCAAUGGAGAUGAUGGACCGGGAGAAGGCCUACAUCCCUGAGCUGCAGAUCAGCUUCAUGGAGCACAUCGCCAUGCCCAUCUACAAGCUGUUACAGGACCUGUUCCCCAAGGCGGCAGAGCUGUAUGAACGUGUGGCCUCCAACCGUGAGCACUGGACCAAGGUGUCUCACAAGUUCACCAUCCGCGGCCUCCCGAGCAACAAUUCUCUGGACUUCCUGGACGAGGAGUAUGAGGUGCCCGGUUUGGACGGCACUAGGGCUCCUGUCAACGGCUGCUGCAGCCUUGAGGCUGAGUGACCCCUCUGGGGGCACUCCCUGCCCAGCCCUCGCUCCGUAGCUCUCUUCCAGUCAGUCUGAGGCAUUGGGAACCAGAGCCGAGGGUCCUGGGUUCUAGGCCAGGACGUCCACGCUACCCUUUCCAGGCCUCGGGAAGCAGGAUUCCCAUUCUCAGAUUUGCCCAUUUGUUCUUCAAGAGCACAGGGUGAGCAGAGGCAGGGGCUGCUUUCUGCACCUCUGGCCAUACCUGCCCAGUCCUGCUCAAGCCGCUCUAUCUCUGAGCUGUGUCAUGGUUCCUUCUGUGACCCCUUUAUAGCCCGACUAGGUCAAUAGCCUUGUUUUCCUGAGGGAAUCCCCAUUUCCUGGAACUCCAAGAGCCUCAUGGAAGAAACUGCUGAGUUAGCAGAGGACAUAAAACAGCCACCAGCUAGUAAUAGCCAUAGGAUAAAGUGUCCUGAGGACCUCUGUGCUUCUGGUAGGGCUGGGACCUAGGAGGAAGCUGACAGCCAGGGAGCUCAGUGCUCUCAGGUGGUGUGACCUGAAGCCAGUUCCUUUCCCUAGCUAGGCAAGACCGGAUUGUUACACAGUCUGCUCUCUCUUUAGAUCAAAGUUUCCAUCCUUCUGUGGAGUCCUUGAGUAUCUGUGGCAGGCUCUGCCACCCUAAGACACAGAAGGCUGAACCUUUUUUUCCCUCUGUGUGUGUCCCCUUGGCCUGAGCCCCUCUCCCAUUCCUGCCAUCAGGGAGGGGCCUAGCCUCACCCCGCAGGGCUUCUCUCCUCUUUAAGGCCAUAUCCACACGUACUGGGGGGAGACUCCCCCUAGGGCUGGGCCUCUUCUGUUUCGUUCUGUGUGUGUUGUGGGUGGGGGAGGGGCCGCCUGCCUUACCUACUCUGAGUUGCCUUUAGAGAGAGAUGCAUUUUUUCUAGGACUCUGUGCACCUGUUGUAUGUGGUCCUGUGGGCUGAGUGCUUUGUACAUGAGAAUAAAUCUAUUUCUUUCUACCAA